UUUGAAUGCAGCGUUUUACCGGAUAUGACGUUACCUUUGCGUUCAUGUCUCCGCCAGUGUUUUUUAAAAAGCGGCGGUUGCUCUUCGACCACCUUUUCCUGAAUCAGUAGCAACAAUUUCUUUAUUGCAUUUCUUCAGUACAGCGAUAAAACGUGGAUCCUGGUGGGUUUCUGUAAAGUUUCAAACUCCUUUACUGCCCCGGGAUCAUGCAGCAGCAGCAGUAUGCAGAGGAGAAACGCCUUCUGGGCUCACUGUGUCCUGGGCAGAAGAAGCUGGAGGGGAAGACCUUUUAUCUGGAUAGUGUAAAGAAACGCUCGACAGCCCUGCUCUUGGAGACCAUAUCGCUUCUAGGAGGGGGAAUCGAGAGUUUCCUGCACAAGGAUGUGAACUUUGUUGUGACUGGAAGCCAAGAGUACCUGAAGGAUCAGAAGUUUACAGAUUCGAAAGCAGGGGCAAAGGGGACAACUGAAGAAGCCAAGCGUCCUAUGAUGACACGAGAGAGUGUCCUCAGCAAUGACAAGCGACGACCAGGAACUCCGAGACCAAUGGCUUGUGGCAGUCGUGGGAAGGCCCUGCUUGAAAAGGCCAUUCGCAACAAUGAACAACUGAAGAAGAACAGUGUUUUGGCCAACGCUCGAUCAUGGGGAGUAAAGAUUUUGUAUGUGGAUGAUGUACUUUCAUAUUUGAAACAACUGACUCGGGAGACCUUCAGUGCCAUUCACAAAAGGCCAGAGAGGACUUCCACCAAACAACAAGGUUCUCCUGUUGUCAAAGCUGCAGCUCUGAAGUCUCCUUAUCUUAAAAUUGAAGACUUGAGCAGGAAAUAUAAGCCCUUGCAUAUGCAGUCAAUCACCUUCCCCACUCUGUGGUACUCGGGCCGAUUUAGUCCCUUUGAAUCUCCUCCUCCUGCUCAGUUUGAAAAGCGGACCGAGCAAAGAGAAAAUAAAUCAAGGGAGAAGAAAAAAGUUGAAAGCAGCGUUCAGGACAAAUCUCAAACGGCACUUAGCUGUAACCCCUCACCUUGGAGGCCACGCAAAAAGGACCUGUCUUACUGUGAAUGCUGUCAGCAAUCCUUCACUAAUCUGGAAGAGCACUUGCAGUCAGAUCAGCACCGUGCCUUCGUGAUGGAUCUCUCAAACUACAGCAUGGUGGACCAACUUGUGGAUGAAAUGAUUCCGGGAUUCAACCCCAAUCCACCUCAACAAUCAGACGAAACACUGAACCGACCACGAACUCCAGUGCCUCUCCAAGAUGUCUGUGAACUUGAACCUCUCACUGAUCUGGAGACGGAGCAUGCAGUUCAGGCCCUGCAGAGACGAGGCUCAUCAGUUAAUGCUCAUAUCUCCAGCCCUACCAGGCGUCCUCUUGUCUCUGGCCCAGGCAGCCCAUCACCAGGAGUUCAGUUUCCUGUCCCAGACUCAGCCACUCCACCUGCUGACAUCCAGGCCUUCACUAAUGACACAGACAGACAUCCUCACUCUCCAAGUCCAGUUAUGCCUGCACUGGAUGCUGAGCCACAAGCCCACGAUUUAGCCAGCCAGCAGCCUGAUACGCCGUGUCUCUCCCCCUGCCCCGACCCUCACUCCCUGCCCCCGGUCCUCAGCCCACAAGUCCCUUAUACCUCCUACGUUAUGGAGCCGCACUCCCCAUAUUCAGAGCCUCCUGUCCUCAGUCCACAUCGGUACACUGGAGAGGAUGCUGUGGAAGGACACCCCUGUGAAAUGGACACUGCAGAAAGUGUGUUUCUGUUUGUUCCAGCCACCGCUCCCCUUCUUCACAAUGUGGCUUUAACAACCGCUGAUGGAGUAAAAGGAACAAACCAAGAAAGUCCUUUUGGAUUUAGUGAGCUCUUAUAUUAUCGUAAUGAUUUGGAGUGUGCCACGCUGUUUUCACGUAGAUCUCGUUCGCUUCCCCGACAGUCAGCGAUGGCACUGAACCCCAGAAAGCGCUGUAGAUCAGCCAGCCCUGAACGCAGCCAGAGCAAAAGGAGGAGGAUUACUGACAAAUUUAGCUACAGUGGUAGAUGGACUGAACAAAGAGGGAAUGAAUGUCAGAUAAUACAUUCUCGCCCUCAUCCAAAAAUCUCUUCAACACUCACUUUAGAAACACUUGGUUUAAAACAAACUUUUACCAUGUUUUGUGUUCCUACUGUACAGAAUUUCACUCGGGCACCAAGUCAAAUGGACAGUUUUAGUCAUGGUACCAUUUCAGCUGCCAGUCACCCAACAGCAGCAAAUUUUGAUCCUUCACUUCAGUUUCCCAAAGAUAAACCUUGCAGUGCAUUUUCCAGUCAGGACUCUCAACGUUCACUGUCACAGUCCACCUCGGUGUGCAUCGAGUCAGCCCUCAUCCCGGACUUAGCCAUGCUCUCUCCAUCAUCGUCAGACUCCGACUGGGACUGUGACCUGCUGUCACGGCUGGGACAACCCCCGGCGGCUCCUCUGUCGCCCACUGAGCAGAACUGUGAGCUCGAUACGGAGCUCCUCCACAGGCCGUGCACAUGGAUGCACGACUCUAGCUACGAGUCACGUCUACACACUGUCCUUCAGCCGUCAGCCCCGGGGACGUCACUGUGUGGGGAAGAAAUGGACCCUUCAGCGUUUUCUAGGACCGUGGUACAGGUAGUCGAGGUUCAGCACUGAUUGUUAAAUUCUUGAUCAUUUCAAAAAACUGGAAAAACACCUACAAAGAAGUCGUGUUAGGCACCUGGAGUGGUGAGCCUUUGACUUUUUAGCUACAUAUCGCAUUGUACGAUACAAUUGGCAGCACUUAAGCUGGUCAAAAUAAGUCAAUGAAGUGUACACUGAAUAAAUAUUUAAAACUUAGUGCAAA